GCGCGCCCCGGCGGCCCCGUGACCCCGCCCACGUGACGGGCGCCCGCGGAAGGCGACAUGGGCUCCGCUCCUUGGGCCCCGGUCCUCCUGCUGGCGCUCGGGCUGCGCGGCCUCCAGGCAGGGGCCCGCAGCGCCCCGGACCCCGGCUUCCAGGAGCGCUUCUUCCAGCAGCGUCUGGACCACUUCAACUUCGAGCGCUUCGGCAACCAGACCUUCCCCCAGCGCUUCCUGGUGUCAGACAGGUUCUGGAUCCGGGGCGUGGGGCCCAUCUUCUUCUACACCGGGAACGAGGGCGACGUGUGGGCCUUCGCCAACAACUCGGGCUUCAUCGCGGAGCUGGCGGCUGAGCAGGGGGCUCUACUGGUCUUCGCGGAGCACCGCUACUAUGGGAAGUCGCUGCCAUUCGGUGAGCGGUCCACGCAGCGCGGGCACACGGAGCUGCUGACGGUGGAGCAGGCCCUGGCCGACUUCGCAGAGCUGCUCCGCGCGCUACGGCGCGACCUCGGGGCCCAGGACGCCCCCGCCAUCGCCUUCGGUGGAAGUUAUGGGGGGAUGCUCAGCGCCUACCUGAGGAUGAAGUACCCCCACCUGGUGGCAGGGGCACUGGCAGCCAGCGCGCCCAUUCUAGCUGUGGCAGGCCUCGGCGACUCCAACCAGUUCUUCCGGGACGUCACGGCGGACUUUGAGGGCCAGAGUCCCAAAUGCACCCAGGGUGUGCGGGAAGCGUUCCGACAGAUCAAGGACUUGUUCCUGCAGGGAGCCUACGACACGGUCCGCUGGGAGUUUGGCACCUGCCAGCCGCUGUCAGACGAGAAGGACCUGACCCAGCUCUUCAUGUUCGCCCGGAAUGCCUUCACCGUGCUGGCCAUGAUGGACUACCCCUACCCCACCGACUUCCUGGGUCCCCUCCCCGCCAACCCUGUCAAGGUGGGCUGUGACCGGCUGCUGAGUGAGGCCCAGAGGAUCACGGGGCUGCGAGCGCUGGUAGGGCUGGUCUACAACGCCUCGGGCUCCGAGCACUGCUACGACAUCUACCGGCUCUACCGCAGCUGUGCUGACCCCACCGGCUGCGGCACCGGCCCCAAUGCCAGGGCCUGGGACUACCAGGCCUGCACCGAGAUCAACCUGACCUUCGCCAGCAACAAUGUGACCGAUAUGUUCCCCGACCUGCCCUUCACGGAUGAGCGCCGCCAGCAGUACUGCCUGGACACCUGGGGCGUGUGGCCCCGGCCCGACUGGCUGCUGACCAGCUUCUGGGGGGGCGAUCUCAGAGCCGCCAGCAACAUCAUCUUCUCCAACGGGAACCUGGACCCCUGGGCAGGGGGCGGGAUUCGGAGGAACCUGAGUGCAUCAGUCAUUGCCAUCACCAUCCAGGGGGGCGCGCACCACCUCGACCUCAGAGCCUCCCACCCCGAAGAUCCUGUUUCUGUGGUUGAGGCACGAAAGCUGGAGGCCACCAUCAUCGGCGAGUGGGUAAAGGCAGCCAGGCGUGAGCAGCAGCCAGCUCUGCGUGGGGCGUCCGGACUCAGCCUCUGAGCACAGGACUGGAAGGGUCUCAAGGCUCCUCAUGGAGUGAAUGGAGGGAGGAGGAGGCUGCCCUAGCCCUGCCCUGUGUUUGCACCUUCUGGGUCCCCGAAGCUCAGCCCACUGUGGCCGGCCCAGCGUGUGGGCUUCACUCAAGAAGCAGCUGGAGGCACAGGGAAGGAGCUGAAUAAAUGCCUGGAAGACUGGC